AUGGCGCUCGUGCGCGCCCUGUUCAGCCUCGCCAUCGGCCGCAACCCGUCGACGCCCAACGACCUGCGCAUCCUCGCACGCAACGCGACGCUGCACGUCGCCGGCAUCAACACGCCCCUGUUCAUGACGACGCUCCUGCACGACAUUCUCAACGCGUCGACCGCGUCUGCGCGCAACGCGACGCUCAAGCUGUUGGGCUUCAUGAUCCGCAAGAAACCGCUCGUCCUGUACACCAACCUGCCUCGAGUCGCCGAGGCCGUCGUCAAGUCGCUCGACCCGACCAUCUCGGCCCUGCGAGAGACGGUGCAGCAGUCGGCGACGUUCAUCCUCAACGAGCUCGUCCGCCGGUUCCCGUCGAUCGACUUUCACGGCAAGUCGCAGCGCCUCGCCGUCGGGACAGCGGAGGGCGCCGCCAUCGUGUUCGACCUGCGCACGGCGACGCGCCUGUACGUCCUCGAGGGCCACAACCGGCCCGUAACGGCGCUGUCGUGGUCGCCCGACGGGCACCGCCUCGUCACCGUCUCGCUCGAGGAGAACCGCGUCGUCGUGUGGAGGGUCAGCGGCGGCAUCCUGGGCAUGUUCAUGGCGGGCACGCCGGCGCGGCAGGGGAGCGGCGGGCAGGCGACGCCGUUCAAAUCGUACGACUUCCACGUCGGCGACGAGGGUGCGUCCCUCUCUCCCUCUCUAUCUCUCUCUCCUCGCCGUGUACAUGACCUGACCCGCUCCCCUCCUCCCUGCAGCGCUCAUGAGCACGGCGGCGACGCUGGAGUGGAUCGUUAUGGAGUGGCCGGCGGACCGCACCGUGCGGCUGCGGAUCCGUGA